GUUAAUGAUAUUACAAAUUUUAGCAUGAACAAUUGGGGUUUUCCAGAUAACGGUGUGGCGAAGCAGAGGGUGUCUUCCUGUUGUGAUUGAAGUAACCGCUUCAAUUGUUGAAAUUCAGCAAAAAGAUCCUUUUUUUAGAGUUGACCUUGGUGAUGAUGCUUUCGACUCGGAGGAGAUGCUGACGAUGCUAUAUUGCAUGGCAAUUGUGAGGCUUGUGAAUGGUGUUGUUGAGAAGACACGCAAGAAGACAGAGGUAUCAAUUGCAAAGGCAGCUGAUGCAAUCAAUAUUCCACGUAUGCUGAUUGAUAUUCGCCAUGAGGGUUCUCACCCUGAUCUCCCUUCACUUCGGCUUGUUCGUCUUGCUUCAAUUAAGGUAUGUAUAUGUUCUCUUUCUGUCAUAUAUAAUCUAAUCAAACUGUCCUCAUUGGGAGGCUUGUUUGCCAUGAUAAGUUACAAGGUUUUUGAGCAUGCAAAGUGGUUUGAGGCCUUGUGCUGAAAAUUGCUCUAAUCACAUGUGGUUAGCUCUGUAGUUUGUGUUGCCUGAUAUAUUAGAAAUGAUUCCAAACACUUGCCU